AUGAACUACACUUCGAAAACCUACGCCCUGAAGACCUUUGAGGUCUUCAACUCCCCUUUAAUCACCCCAGAUCCAUCAAUAUCCCCUUAUUUGUUAGUUCCUCAAAUUCCCCCGAUAUUUGUUUCUGAUAAUUCCUUUCAAAAGUUGUAAGUUUCGGAGGUGGUGUACUUUUUUUCGGAGGUGGUAAAAAAAUUUAAAAUUUUAAAAUUUUUUAUAAAUUGUCGACAGAACUUAAAAUUUCAAAUUACAUAUACAUACAUACAUAUUUUAAAAAUUUUUAAAUUACAGAUCUUCCUCUCUAUCUCUAUCUACUCUUAUUUUCGUCUCCUUUUUUAAAGUAUUUGUGGGGCCCGGAGGCCCCUUCCAAAAAUUUAGUCGCCUUGAGACGACCCUUCCGGCGCUCUUUUCGCCGGCGAGCCAAUCUUGCUCUCAAACGUUAAUUUCGCUCCGAUACAAAUAUCGUCCUCAGCAUAUUGAAAAUGUCUGGGAACG